AAAAAGCUAUCACCAUGUUACGUCACUAUGAAACUGCAAUGGCUAUUUUGAAUCAGGACAUAACUCAAAACACUGAACCUGGGCAGAAAUUUGCUCAAGCUUUGAAGGCAUGGCAUGAUUUUAUACGUGCCAUGAUUCAACAUCGACGAGAUAAUCCACCAAGCGAUGACGAUUGGACUUUUAUUGAUGUUUUGAUGGCAAAAUCAUCGUCCGAAGAAGAACUCAUAUCAGAUGCUUCAACGUACUUCAUUGCAGGCUAUCAAACUACAGCUUUUUUGAUGGUGUGGACAAUCUACUACAUGUGUGAGAAUCAAGAAGUGCAGGAAAAAGUAUACCAGGAAAUAAUCGAUGUUAUUGGCAAAGACGAACAAGUAAACCAUGUAAACCUUGAAUCACUGAAGUGA